AUCCGAAAACAUAUUCUCUUGUCACCAAUUGACUUUCUGUCAAACAAUACCGAACGCAUAAAGUCCAACAAUGAGGCGUUAUUUGGAGCACAAAUGCUCAUUGAGGAUAGACGAUCAAAGGGCGGAGAUCCUACCGACGCAUCCGGCCGGUAAAUGGAAAGAAACAUGGAUAAGGCGACUGAAAUUGUCGCUGGCAAUGAACGAGGAUCAUCCGAUAGUGAAGCGGUACUACAAGACCAACGCGACGAUGCGAAAUGAGAUGAAACUGCACACCAGAGGUCGACAUUGGUUCGUUAUCCAUCCCUUUAGCAAAUUUAACUUUGGAGUUCAGAUCGUUUAUACGAUUUUGUUCCUGGAAAGGUGGCUUCUGUUGGUCGAAUAUUUUAAUGUUCCUUUUUGGUUGAAAGUAUUAGAAAUAAUUAGAGAUCUCAUUUGGGUGGUGAUGAUGUUGAGCUUUUUCUUCACAGGUUACACGGAGUAUAAAACUCGUGAAGUGGUAAUGCAUCCAAAGAAAACAGCCCGUCACUAUUUAUUCACGUAUUUCGCUAUAGAUUUAUUCAUGGUCAUUGAAGACAUAAUCGGUAAAAUGUUACUCGACUUAAAUAAGUCGGAUAUUGAAGUCUUCGUAAUGGCGCUUCAGGUGGUAAUUGUAUUGUAUACGAUUUGCUUCGUAAUCAGAUUAAGGACCGUCUUGAAUUUUAUUGAAAAUUUCGCCCUAUUCGCUAAAUUAAAUAAUUUUUACAUAUUUCUUUUCAAUCGUUUAAUUGUGUUAAUCUUUAUGUUGCAUUUAUUCGCCAUACUCUUCUUUUUAAUCCCUCGGUGCUACUACGUAACGAUGAACGAGAGAAUUAUCCCACCUACAAGUUGGAUAAGCUUGCGCAAGCUAACUAAGAAUUUAAAUACCGAUGCGUACGUCGAAUCUCUCCUAAUCGUCAUAUCCUACUUCCUCGGCUCCCAUUACCAAGAUAACUUCACCGAAGUUUGCGAGCAAAUCCUUCUCAUCAUUUUCUCGUUGAUCGGCAAAGUGUACGUCAUCACCUUCAUCGCCCACAUGCUGGUCAAAUUCAUCGUGGUGAACAAGAGCGAAGGUGAGUACGAGAACAUGCACCUGCAGCUGAUCAACUACAUGAAGACCAUGAAGGUGCCCGGCAAGCUCCAGAAGCAGAUACUCGACCGCUUCGUGUUCAAGCACCAGAAGAAGUACUUCGACGACGAUCAGCUGAUGGCGACGCUGUCGGAGCCGCUGAAGCUCGAGCUGUUCAUCUACAGCUCCAGGAGGCUGAUGAGGAACAAUGGUCUACUGAAGAAGCUCUCGCCAUACCAGAAGGGCUUUCUGAUGGCGCACAUGAAGUCGGAGACGUACUCCAAAGGAGAGAGCAUCUGCGAAUUCGACAGCAGCCCGUACUUGUACUUCAUCGCUUCUGGUUCGAUUUUGGCUUUGGGUAGAGACGAUUUGUUGUUGUAUAGGCUGACCGAUGGUGAUGAAUUUGGCAUGCCUUCUAAGUAUAAAGGUUGCGAGAAAGAAGUGGUUAAAUUCCUUGUUAGGGAAACGUCGGAGAUUUUCUCGGUGGAGAAGAGCGUGAUACUUGAGAUGAUUGGAGAAGAAGCUGUUCUGAAGAAGCAUUUUCUACAAUUGGUCGAAGAGAGACAAAAACUGGUUAAUAACGCUUUCAAGAAUCUUCGUUUGGGUGGGGAAUCGUUGUUGCAUAAUUUAAGAAUGGGCACCAUCCUGGAGUAUCGCUUGAGAAAAGAAUUAGUUUUAGAUUAAUCUGUUGUGUUUAAAUCAUUAAAACUUUG